GGGCCGCCUCCCUUUGCCUCGGUGGAGGCCGAGCGGAGCGGAGCCGCCUGAGGCCUGCCCCGGGCCCAUCGCUGCCGGUGUGCCCUCUUUCUCCCUGACCUUGCAGGAGCUAAAAAAAUGAGGACAAGGAAAACUCCCUGCCCAGCAGAAAAAGUCUGGGUAGACAAGCACAAAUACGAUGAAGCGGAGAGAUUGCACGACGAAAGAGAAGCCACGGUGGCUGCCACCGCCCCCGAGGAAUGUCUCCAGGAGGUGGAGGCCGUCAACGGAGUCUGCAACGACGACUCCGUCGAGAGCGAAUUCAAGGGAGACCUAAAAAAAGCAAGGAAUGGGAAGAAACAAAGGAAACGGAAGCGUUCUCCAAAACCUAAAAUCGUGGCCUCCAAGUUAGACUCCGUUCUGGCUGGUUUGUUGGCCGACCACGUGUGGUUUGAGAAACCUUUCUAUGAUCACGCUGAGAGCAUCUACAGGAAAAAACUAGCGGAAUCUCAGAUCCAGGAGGCACCUGAGACUGUGCCAAUGGCCGAGCAGUCCCCGUUGGUGGCCAAGUCAAAAGCUGUCCAAGAUGUUCCUAAGCCGAGGAUGCUUUCGGCGGCCCUGUCCUGCUCCCACGGCAGUCUGUCUGCGUGUCACCAUGUCGUUCAGGGUGUCUGGGUCAACAAGUUUGACUUCGAUAAGGCCGAGGUGAGGUUUAUUGAAAAAUCUCAGUUCUUUGUUCCUCCGAACGUCCUCACCAUCCCGUCUGUGGGGUCAAACGUUGGCAACGUUGGGCUGAGAACGCCGGAUGAGGGCUACGUCACAGCCCUGCCUACUCCUGCUACCCCGAGCGUAGCUCCAGACGUCGUUGCUGAUUCUUCUUCUUCCUUCCUUACUGGUUUGCCUGGCUCUGAACACCAGACGGUCAAUGGGAAGCCACAGCUUUCAACCUUGCAGGCUCUCGUGUCGGAGGUGUGGUUGGAGAAACCUCUCUACGACGGUGCCGAGAAGACCUUCUAUGAGAACAUGUUUGAUGGUCAUCCAUCAACCAAAGGCAGAGAGACGCGACGUGGCUGCCCUGAAGCAUCCAAGAACCACCCCGAGGAUGGGGAGGAGCACCAUGAGGUCGGGAAGGACCACACCGUUGAAAAGCAAAAGGGCAUCAAACGCGUGGAGGUCACCACCAACUCUCCUCUUCCCAGCGAUGCUGAGCAACCUCCCCCUACCAGCUUUUUCCUGCACAAGGACAGUGAGACUGUGUGGCUUAACAAGCCGACGUACGACAGGGCCGAGGCCCGAUACUACGCGGCCGAGGCUCUGAAAAUGUCGAGAGCAGGAGAGGAUACGGGGACGCAGGAAUCCACAGGAGUAAAACCCUCCCAACCAGCUGCUUCCAGCCUCCCCGCGCCAAAAACGAAAAACAUGGCAGUCGACUACUUUAAGCACGAGAAGAUCUGGUUUGACAAGUACAAGUACGAUGAUGCCGAGAGACGAUACUACGAGCAGAUGAACGGGCCGGUGGGCGGCUCUUCACGCCAACAGGAGAACGGAGCCAGCACGAUCCUCCGCGACAUUGCCAGAGCCAGGGAGAAUAUCCAGAAAUCGCUGGCCGGACAGAAGACAGCUCCUCGUAGCAAAGAAACUCCUUCUGCCCGUCACAAGAGGCAGUCGGGCCGCUCAACUAGCGCAAGCGCCACCGCUUCUGGACCUGCUGGUGACCAAAAUGAACUCCUGUCCCGAAUUUCUCACCUGGAGGUAGAAAAUCAAAACCUUCGCAGUGUUGUUGCAGACCUUCAGAUGGCCAUCUUCAAGUUGGAAAGCCGCCUGAACGCUCUGGAGAAGUCAUCUACCUCCCACCAGCCCUCACCGGUUCCUCCAACCCAGAAAGUGGAACCCUUCAGCGUUCCCUCCAAGAAGGUGGAGCUCCCUUCAGCUUCACCGGCAAAGAAAGCUGAGCCAGCUGCUGCGGAGGAAGAUGAUGAUGAUGACAUUGACCUUUUUGGUAGUGAUGAUGAAGAGGAAGACCAAGAGGCUGCUAAAGUCCGGGAGGAGAGGCUGCGUCAGUACGCGGAGAAGAAGGCCAAGAAACCGGGUCUUAUUGCCAAGUCUUCGAUCCUUCUGGAUGUGAAACCAUGGGACGAUGAGACCGACAUGGCAAAGAUGGAGGAGUGCGUCCGCUCGGUCCACAUGGAUGGGCUGGUGUGGGGAGCCUCCAAACUGGUCCCAGUAGGUUAUGGCAUUAAGAAGCUCCAAAUCCAGUGCGUGGUGGAGGACGACAAAGUUGGAACUGACAUCCUGGAGGAGGAGAUCACCAAGUUUGAAGACUACGUGCAGAGCGUUGACAUCGCUGCUUUCAACAAGAUCUAGAAGCAAAAAAAAAACCAAAAAACCUGUAUCCCCUCUGAAACUGUAACUAAUAAAGAUCGAGCUCGGGAGGGCA